GUCAAAUCGUCCCGAACUACAAGGGCCCCUCCCAGCUCCGACAAGACCUCGCGGCGGCAAAAGAGCUACAGGCCCGAGUAGAAAACCUUCAGAUGACGACCUUGGUGCGCAAGGAGGCGACAACAGCUACAGCCGAGAAAUCGAAGAAGAACAGAGACGUCCUUCCUCCGAGCACGGAGAAAGAGACUCCCAUGGACUUAGACGAGCUGGAAUCCGAAUCGUUGGAAGUUACCCAGAUACGCCCUUCCACUCCAGAGAUCCGAAUCCUUUCCAAGGAGGAGCAGAUCAAACUCCGGGUGAAAGAGCACGUCGCGCUCUGGAGAAAAUGUCAAGUAGCUACUUGCGAAGGCGCCACUCCCAAACUCAGAGCCUUGCUGACCGAAGCCCAAGAGAGUCAGAAGACUCUCCAGAAGCUCAUCGACAACGAAGAGAUAGAGAGCUACGUGAAAGGAUGGAAUCCGUGGGACGAAAAGAAGAUCCACUUCCCAGCUCCCCCAAAGAAACAAGUAAUGAAGUUCAAAAGGAGCGAAGGGGGAAAAAGACAAAGCUCGAGCUCGAACAACUUCGCCGAUCCAGCCAAGUGGAAAAGAGCGACAGAACUUCUUCAAAUAGCGGCCGGUCUAUAUCAGAACUUGCAAUAA